AGGGCUAGGGCUGCCCCUCUACCACACAAUAGCCCUUGCAGCCUGCGUUCGCCUUGAUCCAAUCAAUUCUCCACACGUGGAUCACGACUUAUCCGCCUCGGCCUUUACAGAGGGCUUGUACCAACUUCAAGCCCAGCGACGACUUUACUCUUCAACAAGUCCUCCCUUCGUUCCUCCUUCGGAAUGCAGAAACGUUUAUGAGACCUGUGCAAAUGGAAGACGGCCAGCCUACAUAUCCCGUCGGGGAAGAGACUCGCAGCGAAAUUCCUCCCAGUCCCCGUUCAUCACACCUGGAGACACUCUUUGCUGAGUUCGCUCGGACGCGCCCGAGGAUCUCACCUUCAAGGACACCAUCCUUACGAUCUUACCGUCAUGUCCGAAAUGUCUCCCACAACCAGAAUGGACCAAAACUUGAUCUUCGAGCCCUCGACUAUGUAACAGAAUACGAUUUUCAUCUGAUGUGUCCUAUAUGUCACGUUCCCUUCCUAGACCCGGUCGUGCUGGAUUGUGAUCAUACAUUCUGCAACUCCUGCCUGAAAGAAUACAGGGAAGGCAGUGGCAAUGGGCCGCGGUCGGAAUGUCCCACGUGUCGCACAUUUCUGUCGGCAGGACCACGCAAAGCAUCUCGACUAAUUGUCAAUAUGUGUAACGAGAUCAAAGUCCGCUGUCCGAAUGAGGACUGUGAGGAGAUUGUUCUCAGAGGCGUUGUCGAAUAUCAUGCAGUUCGGGAAUGCCAACAUCAAAAAUUCCAAUGUCCUGAUCCGCAAUGUGGAAAGGUGGUCAAGAAGAAAAACUAUGUCCCGAAUCAAUGCAUACACACUUCCAACAUCGAAUGUGAUUGCGGAGCGGUGAUCCAACUCGGAAGAGGAGGUUGGCGAAAGCACAAAGACGAGGAAUGUCCAAAUACUGUCGUGAAGUGUCAGAACUGUGAUGAACAGAUGGUAGCCGAGGACCACUCUGAAGAAAGGACCAGUCACGUCUGCAACCAUGAUGACCGGCAAGCAUGUCCAGGAAGAACUUACGGUUGCCUGGAUGAGGUCACCGCAGAAGACCUUGACGCACAUGUGAAGGCAUGUCCGCUAGCCCGUCUGGCUCCAUUCCUUCAAAAGCAGUCCAAAUUACUACACACUCUCCAAGACCAAUUGGCCAUGGCCAAGGUGCGUCAUGAAGUCCUCGAAAAUGGGCUGCAAGAGAUCAGCGACAUGAUCGGCGACCGGGUUCUCCGGUACUUGUCUCAAUCGGAAUCACCUGCUGCGGAAGCAUCAGACAUUGAGGAGAUUGAACGAGACCCCAUUCCAUCCGCAAUUUCCCACCGGGAUCUCCUUAUGCCAGCACACCUCCGAGCCUUGACACCUUCACCAGACCCUGAUGCUGCUUCCAUCUCGCAGACCCAGCAGCACUUGCUUGCCCUUCAUGAGAGUCUUCGUGGGAAUGUGUCGAACAUUGAGCAGGAUAUUGCUGCCCUCCACAACAACAUCGCCGAUCUUGAUGCCCGUACAUCGAUGCAAUUGAUGAAUGAGACCUUACGGGUGAAGGAGGAUCUGGCACAUACUAAUGCCGCGCUUUUCAGUACUAGAGCGCAAGUCCAGUGGCUUCUCAAUCGAGAACGAAUAGGACAACAGCAGCAAGCCAUGGGGAUGCGUGGUCGAACAUCUUCUGCUCAGCCUCAACCAUCGAACCAGGCGCACAGGGGCUCUGUGUCCGAUGACGCCGAAGGUCCCCAUCUUGGAACGAGCGUCGACAGUCAACCCUCAUCGUCAAGCCUCGCACCUAGUCCAAACUUCCGGCCUCAAAUCAGGCGACUAAGUGGAGGUAGUCAAGAGAGAGUCAAAUUAUAAUGGCAAUCGGAAUGAAUGCAUGAAUAUUGAUGUCCAGCAUGCGUGCUGCCACUCACUUCUGUCUUCAU